AUGGCAACUCACCUCCUAUCCACCCUCACCGAUAUCCUCAACCUCCCCAUCCCCACCACCACCAUCACCACCACCACCACUCCCUCUCCCCCCUCGGUCCCCCCCAACUCCCGUCCCCGUAUCUGUCCCCUCUCUCCUCCAGCAACCUCGCCCCCAACCUCGCCCUCACCGGCACAAAUCCUGGUCCACCUCCUACUCCACCAGCCGUCCCUCCGCCGCGGCCUGCCAGCGCGGCACCCGCGCCUGGCGGCGCAGCUCGCCCGGCUCGACUGGCGCGGGGUCGAGGCCGAGCUGCCGGCGCGGUCGUUCGCGCGGCGGUGCGUGGAGAUGUGGCUGCGGUCCGGGCUGGGGCUGUUUGAGCGGUGGGAGUGGCGCUGGGAGGCGGAGGGGGGGGAACGGGGGAAAUGGGGGUAUGGGUUUCUAGGGGAGGAGGAGGAGGAGGGAGAGGAGGAGGGGGAGGCGGAGGGGUUGGCGGAGCCGCGGAGGGCGGGGAGGAAUGAGGGAGAGGGAUGUGUGAUUGGAAGGGGAAGGGAGUGA